UUUCCCAGUUGCUAACGAGAGGACGAGGGAGGUGUCGAUUCUUCGCCAAGCAAAAGUCAAGUGCUAGUGUGUGGAAAAUGAGUGCAGUUCAAACGCUUAGAGCGUUGGUGAAUCAGCGACUAACUGCGGCCGUUGAAGAAAUAUUUGCAGUGUUCGAGAGCACGAUAGCAGGGUACGAGGAGGAACUUACUCGAACAAAAGAGGAGAACGGGAGACAACGUCAAAUACUGGAUGCUGUUUUCAAACAGCCUCAAGUUGUGUUACACACAGCAGAUGCCAGUAAUGAAUAUCUUCAGCACAUUAAUGAAGAGGAGGAGAGGCCCGAACCUCCUCGCAAUGAAGAGGAAGAGGAGGAUUACAAAAUCAGUCAGGAGGGAGAGCAUCUUGAAGGACUGGCGGAGUUCCCAGUGCUUGGUGUCCUUGUGAAGACGGAAGAUGAAGACAAAUGUGAACGUGAGGAGGAGAAAGAGGCGGAGCACAUGAAAAUAGAAACUGAUGGAGACCACUGUGGAGGACCACAAGCAGACAACCUCUUAGCUUUACUAUCAGAUAGUGACGACCCGACGUCACACUCUCCCGACACUGAUGAUGAAGACUCUCAAGCUGAUCAGACAUGUCACACUGACAACACACGCUUGAAAUGCGCUCAGUGUGAUCAGACUUUUGAGAACAAGAGAGCACACACUGGAGAUGAACCAUACUUCUGCUCGAUGUGCGAUAAAAGACACUUUGAGAAGGUACAAUUGACAGCACACACAGGCAUACACAAUAGGGAAAAACCAUAUGACUGUUCAGUGUGUGGUACAGGUUUUGUACAUAAAUGUCACUUAAAAACACACAUGACAAUACACACUGGAGAAAAACCAUAUUCGUGUUCAAUCUGCAAGAAAGGUUUUCGUUACCAAUCAAACUGUGUAAGCCACAUGCGAAUACACACUGGAGAGAAACCAUAUUCAUGUUCAAUCUGCAACAAAAGAUUUCGUUACCAAUCAAACCAUGCCACCCACAUGCGAUUACACAGUGGUGAGAAACCACAUACCUGUUCAGUGUGUGGUGCAGGUUUUGCAUUUAAUAGUUUAUUAAAAGGACACAUGACUCGACACACUGGUGAGAAACCAUUUUCCUGUUCAAUAUGUGGUACAAGUUUUGCACAAAAAGCUCAUUUAAAAAGACACAUAGAAAUACAUAUAGAGGGAAAAUCAUGUUCAUUGUGCAACAAAAGCUAUCUCAGUCAAGGAAAACUUAAACAACACAUGAGAACACACACGGGUGAGAACCCAUUUUCCUGUUCAGUGUGCGGUAAAAGAUUUUCCACCAAAUAUAAUUUAAAAAUUCAUUUGAGAAUACACACUGGAGAAAAACCACAUGCAUGUUCAAUCUGUAACUCCAGCUUUCGUGACCCAUCAAGUUGCACAAAACACAUGAAAAGCCACACUGGUGAGAAACCAUAUGCCUGUUCAGUUUGUGGUAAAAGUUUUACACGAAAUGAUAAUUUAAAAGCACAUGUGAGAAUACACACGAGAGAACAAACAUAUGUUCAGUCUGCAACAAAAGCUUUUCCGGACAAGGAGCAGUUGUAGAACACAUGAGAACUCACUGAUGAGAAAGUGUUGUGUUGCUGAUUCUGAAUUGUUAAUGCAAUAAAGAUGUUUUUCUUUUAAAGAUGUGUCAGCAUCCCAUAAUAGUCACUUCCUCCUUUUGGGGGCUCUGGUGA